AUGGAUAAUCGAGUGCAACGCAUUUGCCAAGGAUUUGAGCCGAUUCGAAAUGGGCUCGAUGAAAACUUUUUGUUGACGAAAUUGACGGCGAUGAAGGGUUGCGGAUGUAAAGUUCCUAGAGAUGUUCUUUUGAAUCUUUUGGAGACGUUUAAAACCGAUUUAGUGAUCAACAAUGAUGAAAUUGAUAUUGGACUUGAUAGUUGUGUGGUUCCAUUAAGGCAUAAAGGCCUUCGCCUUGUUCAGACAACCGACUUCUUUUAUCCAUUAGUGGACGAUCCAUAUAUAAUGGGUCGAAUUACUUGCGCGAAUGUUUUAUCGGAUUUGUAUGCAAUGGGAAUAUCGGAAUGCGAUAAUAUGCUAAUGCUUCUUGGUGUCGCUGUUGAUUUGAACGAAACCGAGAGGAACGUCAUCGUUCGAAUGUUCAUUGAAGGAUUCAAAGAUGCCGCCAGCGAGGCGGACACAAAAAUUCGCGGCGGUCAAACGGUUCGCUGCCCGUGGCUUCUUCUUGGCGGCGUCGCCACUUCAGUAGCGCAUGAGAGCGAGAUAAUCAAUGUGGAUCAAGCGGCGAUUGGCGACGUUCUCGUGCUCACGAAACCAAUCGGCGGUCAGGUCGCCGUCAAUUCAUACGAAUGGCUUCAGAAGCGAAAUGGGAAAGUCGACGAGUUGAAGUUGGACGAAUCGAGAAUUCGCAAGGCGUUUCGGCAGACUUGCGAGCAGAUGAGUCGACUCAACAGAAACGCCGCUCGAUUAUUGCACAAAUUCGACGCGCACUCGUCGACCGACGUCACCGGCUUCGGCAUUUUGGGGCACGCCGAAAAUUUGGCGCGAGUUCAAAAAGCGGCCGUCGAGUUUCUCAUCGAAACAUUGCCAAUCAUUGAGUAUAUGGACGAGAUAUCGGCGAGAUUGAUUGAAAAUGGCGGCGAGGGAUUUCGAUUGUUUCAGGGGCGUUCCGCAGAAACCAGUGGCGGCCUAUUGAUUGCGAUGUCUCCCGAAAAUGCUCAGAAGUAUAUCAAAGAAAUCGAAGAGCUUGACGGCUAUCCAGCCUGGAUCAUCGGCAAAGUCGUCGAGAAGACUUCGGACGUUCACGCGAGAAUAUCGCCCGAUUAUCAAACGAUUUCGAUUGCUUCUAGAUUGCCAUGA